CCCGGAUCGGAACUUUAACUCUAGGGUUGAUUAGUUCUUACCAGAAACAUCGACGGCUCCUGAAAAUGGUGUGAAGUCGAUUCAAAAAUGUGUGAACAUAUGUCCAUGAAAGAUACCCAACCUCGGCUGUGAUUUCGUCCGCACAUCUGGGGGUGGCCGUUACAUUUACUGACCGGACAGACCUCUGGAGAGUCUGGUUGUUCUCUGGCUACAGCGACCAAACGGCGGCAGGAUGACGUGCCGCGACCGGACCCUCGAGUUCCAGUCAGCCUGUAAAUCCCUCCAGGGCAGGCAGAAUGGAGUCCAGCCCAGCAAACCAGCCCUCAGUGCUCUCCGGCAACGCAGUGAUUUCACAGUUAUGGCCAAGAGAAUCGGAAAAGACUUGAGCAAUACGUUUGCUAAGCUGGAAAAGCUCACCAUUUUGGCAAAAAGAAAAUCUUUAUUUGACGACAAGGCAGUGGAGAUCGAGGAGCUAACAUACAUCAUUAAACAAGACAUCAACAGUCUUAACAAACAGAUUGCACAGCUGCAGGACUUGGUGAGGUCCCGCGGAGCUCCAGGUGGCCGACACAUCCAAACCCACUCUAACACCAUCGUGGUGUCACUACAGUCCAAACUGGCGUCAAUGUCCAACGACUUCAAAUCAGUCUUGGAGGUCAGAACUGAGAACCUAAAGCAGCAGCGCAGCAGGAGAGAGCAGUUUUCCCAGCCUCCUGUGUCAUCUUCUUCUCCAAUGGCUAAUAACUUCAAGAGCUCGGUGCUGAUGCAGGAUGAGUCCCGGAGCAUGGGGGCGGUGGCCAUUGAUAUGGAUUCCCAGAGCAACCCUUUGCAACUCCAGCUCAUUGAUGAGCAGGAUUCCUAUAUCCAGAGCCGUGCAGACACAAUGCAGAACAUUGAGAGCACCAUCGUGGAGCUGGGCUCCAUAUUCCAACAGCUGGCCCACAUGGUCAAAGAGCAAGAGGAGACCAUCCAGAGGAUCGACGCCAACGUGGAGGACACCCAGCUGAACGUGGAAGGCGCUCAUACAGAGAUCCUCAAAUACUUCCAGUCUGUCUCCUCCAACCGGUGGCUGAUGAUCAAGAUCUUUCUUGUCCUCAUUGUCUUUUUCAUCGUCUUUGUCGUCUUCUUCGCUUAAAGCAAAGAACAACAGAAGACAAGAGGAAAAAGGCAAAUUAAUAGGGUGAUUUAAGCUAAUGUUGGACAGGGAUAAGCAUCCAUCAACAUAUUUGGAGGACAGACUUCUCUAUGAUGAUUUAAUGGAAGCCUGGGAUCCUUUCAAAGAAAUGCAGACUUGACACUUAUUCCCAAGCAAAAGACUUGAUUUGACAGUUUGGGAAACAAUGAAGAGCUUGAACUAUGCCCAAAUAAAACAAAUGAGCGGUUUAAAAUACACGCUUUGGAUAGAAAGGCAGCAGAAAGCUGCUCUUUAUUGUACUUUGACCAACUAUUCCUAAACAUUUAAUCCAAAUGGCUAUAAUUUAAUGGUUUGAUUCUGCAAACUGUCUUAUUUUUUUCCUUUUUGCUCACUCCCUUUUAUCUUAUUUUUUUUUCUGUUAUCUCUCAGCCAAAUGAAAGAUCUGAGCCCGUUCACAAAUUAUUUUGCGCAUGACUUUAUCUUCUUUUUACUGGAAAAGCAAGACAGUCUUGCUUGUCAGCAAUCCCUAAGAUUCAUUCAUGAUGUGAAACCUUUUUUUUUUCUUUCCCCUACCCACUUGAAUUUAAUUUUUGCUUUGAAAGUUUAUUUGCCAAAUGGGUACUGUUAUUGAGCUGUGACAUGAUAUAAAGACGUUCAAGACAGCAGCCGCAGCCAGCUGACCCGAGGAAUGAAGUGAAAUUCUAAGUGUAAAGUUAUGUAAUGGCUCACUUUUAAAUUAAGCUAUCUUAUUGGCAACCAUCAGGCAGGUUUAAUGGUUAAAAAGGUUUAAUCCUCACUCAUGCUGUGCUGCAGAGAGGAUCAGUGCUUAUGAAGGGGUAACUGGUUGUGAAUGCCCAUUAAUGAAGAGACUUGAUCAGCCAGAAACCCUGGAAGUGUCUGGUAGGAUGCCUGUUGUGGUUGUUCCCCCUCCUCACAUAUUGUACAGGAUGCAAUGUAAAUGAUAACGGCUUUUUAAAAGGAAAAAAAAGUUCCUAUUUUUCCCUGUUUUUUAGCCAAAUAUUUUGACUUCAGUGUAUAAAGUGCAAAUAGCUAAGAUAACGUAUUGAAAAGAGAGCGCACAUUAAUAAAUGAAAAUGGGAUGCUGGCACUCGUGUCUUAAGGAUUUUCUUGGGAUAAGAGGAUUAGCCAGUGAUAUAAUUAGCUGGGUUAUGACAAAGCCAUACAGGAGUUUAGUUUCUCUGUACAUAAAGCCGUUUAAAUCAAAUAAAUACAUCCAUUAUUUGGUUGAAAGAUGUGAGAUGCCUUUGGCAAAUUAUGGCUGGAUAGUAGAGUGCUCUUCUCACCAAUUACAGUUCAGAGAGGCUCUCAGGCUCUAAGUGGUGUUUUUUUUUUUUU